UGCGUGGUGACGUCGCGCGCGCGGCGUGGCGCGGCCGCCGCUCCCCCGUCUCCCUCCGCCGCGCAGACCGUGACCCGCCGGGCGCCGCUCCCUCCGCCGCGGCGGCGAUGUGACCCUCCCUAACCCCCCCCCUUCCCCUUCUCCGGUCCAGUCCCCCUCCCCCUUCCCUUUUCCCCGUCCCCCUCCCUCCCCCGACCCGUCGCCGCCCGCCGGCCCUCCCGGGCAGCGAACAUGGCGGAGCCUUCUGUUGAGUCUUCAAGCCCAGGAGGUUCAGCAACAUCUGAUGACCAUGAAUUUGAUCCAUCAGCUGAUAUGCUGGUGCAUGACUUUGAUGAUGAACGGACAUUAGAAGAGGAGGAAAUGAUGGAAGGAGAAACAAACUUCAUUUCUGAAAUAGAGGAUCUUAACAGGGAAAGCGAUAUGCCAAUCCAGGAGCUACUUAGCCGUUACGGCUAUGAUGGUGCCAUUCCUCUCCAAGAAGAUGAUGAUGAUGAAGAAGAUGAGGAGGAGGAGGAGGAGGGAGAAGAUGAUGAUGACGUUGAUAAUGAUGACAACAGUGGCUGUAGUGGUGAAAACAAAGAGGAGAUCAUAAAAGAUUCAUCAGGUCAGGAAGAUGAGACACAGUCAUCUAAUGAUGACCCAGCACCAUCUGUUGCUUCUCAAGAUCCACAGGAGAUAAUUCGCCCCCGUCGAUGUAAAUAUUUUGAUACAAAUAGUGAAAUAGAAGAGGAGUCUGAAGAAGAUGAAGAUUAUAUUCCCUCAGAAGACUGGAAAAAGGAAAUCAUGGUGGGCUCUAUGUUUCAAGCUGAAAUUCCAGCUGGCACAUGCAAAUACAAAGAGAAUGAAAAAGUGUAUGAAAAUGAUGACCAGCUGCUGUGGAAUCCGGACUUCUUACCAGAAGAUAAAGUGAUCGAGUUCCUAAAUGAAGCAUCAAGGCGUACGGGUGAUGAGAAGGGCCUGGAUGCAAUUCCUGAAGGAUCACAUAUUAAAGACAAUGAGCAGGCAUUGUAUGAACUGGUUAAGUGCAAUUUUGAUACUGAAGAAUCAUUACGAAGGCUGAGAUUUAAUGUAAAAGCAGCCAGAGAAGAAUUAUCUGUUUGGACAGAAGAAGAAUGUAGAAACUUUGAACAAGGGCUGAAAGUCUAUGGCAAGGAUUUCCAUGUGAUUCAGGCAAAUAAGGUACGAACAAGAUCAGUUGGUGAGUGUGUAGCAUUUUAUUACAUGUGGAAGAAAUCAGAGCGUUACGAUUUCUUUGCGCAGCAGACCCGAUUUGGAAAGAAGAAAUACAAUCUUCAUCCUGGUGUAACAGAUUAUAUGGACCGUCUCCUGGACGAAAGCGAGAGCGCUGCUUCCAGUAGAGCUCCGUCCCCUCCUCCUACAGCUUCCAACAGCAGCACCAGCCAGUCUGAAAGGGAAGACAGCACAACCAGCAGCAGUAAUCAGAACGGGGUGUCUGCUAACGGGCCGGGUGAGGUACCGAAUAAAGAGGAAGCAAAAACGGAAGGAUUGCACGUAAACGGACCUACCGGUGGCAAGAAAACACCUCACACGGAUCUGGAUACGAAUGGGUAUGAAACUGAAAACCUUCCCGCUGACCCAAAACUUGCUCAUUCAGCUUCAAGGAACGAAAAUGAUUUUGAAGAAAAAAGUGAAAGACCUCUCAAAAGAAGAAGAAUUAACAGCAGUGGGAAAGAGAGUCCAGGUUCUUCAGAGUUCUUCCAAGAAGCAAACUCGCACGGGAAGCUUGAAGAACUAGAAACUCUGGAUGACUGAAUACUAGGAGCCAAUUUUAUUCCGUGGAGUAAAUUUUGGGUGUCUAAAAUUUUCAGGGUUGAUGGGUUACCUUACAAAAUCCAGUUCCGUAAAACAAUCUGCUGAGAUUUUUUUUUCUAAUACCUUCUAGUUGGCUCUUAAGAUCUGAUCAUUUGAUUUCUUUCAGUGCUGAAAAGCAGUAGGAGAAUAUUCAGUAUCUCAGAGCUGGGAACUCCAAGGCUCUUAAAAAUAUUUGAGAAACAAAUCGAUGAGUUUCUGCAAAAAUACUCCCAGCCUAACGCAUUAAAGAAACUUCUCUGUAUAGUACACCAUUAAGCAUUGUACAAGUGAACAAAGCAUCCUAUUUGAGGCAGGGGCUGGUUCAGAUGUUGCAGGAAGUUAAAAUGAAAUACAGAAUGCCAAGGCACGCAUCAGAGUAGGCAUGGAGACUUCCACUCAUGCUAGCCGAGAGGAAAGUGUCAUCCCAUUGUUAAGGAACCCUUAUGAAUCCUGAAAGUUAUGAGCACAACUAUUUUUAUAUAUAGAAGUUUUAAAAGGUAAAUAAAUAAACCAGGUCAGGUUUGUAUAUGUAAAAUUGUUGACAUCAAUGAUGUCUUUCCAUAUUCUUUAUCUGGGCUAAAGAAAUACAUUCUGUAUUUUUCCAGAUUUCUUUGUAGCCUUUGAAAGAUUUUUACAGUACUUAUGUCUUGAUUGAACUGUCCUUUCUUAAAACAAAAGCUUGUAUAAUUUUCUUAACUUGUACAGUUGGUAAACUUUUAUGAGAGAAUUGAUAUCCUGAGUCUAAUGUCAGCUUCAUUUUACUUUGCUGAAGUCUUUUCUAAAAAAAAAAAAAAAAAAAAAAAAAAAAACCAACAACAACAAAAAAAAAACCCAAACCAAACCAAUUGACUUAAGAAAUGCUUAUUAGUCACCAACAUGUUAUUUUCUUCUCGGAAAACAGUAAACAAUUAACAUUAAGAAUGGUUAGAAGUAAUUUGAUUUUGAAACCAGGUUUUUCUUUCUUGUGUUUUAUGGCAAAUAGCGAUGCUAAAAAUUUGUUAAGCAUGCUGCUCGCGUUGCACAAAUUUUCUUGCUUUCAUUAUAACAUCUUCUCAUUUUAUUUUGAGCUCGGAUAAAUUUCACGGCAGCCAAACGCUUAAGUUUACUAAACCUUGUUCGCCAAGAUCGGGUGUUAAGAUUAUCCAUUGAUUUCUUUUCAGUCUUAUCUGUCAUCUUCUACGUUUCACUGAGCACAGGGAGGGUCAAGCAAGUCCGGCUGUACGGGUCAGAAAUGCACGUGCAGCUGGUGACCUGGUGCCUGGUCUUGAAUUUCUGAGAAGUAGUGGACCUUGUAUGGAUGGGAAUUUCAGGGGGAGCAGAAACAUCCCAUGCACGUACUUGGUACAGCAGGCACGCAUCUAUACGUUCAGUAUCUAGAGAGUCACGUGGAAAAAUUGUGAGAAUAUUUGAAGUAAGAAACAAUUCUUUAUAAAUGUGUGUGGAGGGGGUGAUGCCCACCGUCCCACUAGCAGGAUUUGGAAGUUGUGGAGGUAGGGUUUACAGCCAUCAAAUAGAAAGGGGUUUGAUACCGAUCUUCAGUUUUGGUUUGUGUUUUUUUGUGGUGGUUUGUUUUUUUUUUUUUUUUUUUUUUAAGCCACAGCUACACAUCUACUCUCUUAAAAAUAGGAAAAAUUGUUCAUUUGUAUAAAUUAUAAUGUUGUGUCCGCCUCCUGUGGCUUACGGGCGUGCUGUUAAUUUUGAAUUGGUUAUUUUUACUUCAAGUUUAUGAGUCUUUACGAUUCCAGUUUAAAACGGGACGAUCCUAUGGUUUGAAAACGAUCGUAUCAACCGGAAAACCCCUCCUGCCAAGGGUUUGGUUUGUUUUCUUUUUCAACUCGGUGUACUUGGACUUUGUGGUCAUUGCUGAGCCAAAUCCUAGAAUUAGCCUGCGGAGAGGCAUGUCAGGAAGGUUGGUUAACGUCUGGCCUGCGGCGUUAAUCAAUUAACCGAGGGCUUUAGGAGGAGGUGGCUGUUAAUUUUACAAGCCGGUUUAGUCACGGAAACCCAAAGUAUCACCCAGCCUUAUAUCAAAGAUGGUCUCGAGACGGUUUCAGACUGAGGGGUAGUGCAGUGCUUCGAAGAGUCUUUGCAACUAGAGGCCUAUUUUCAAUUUUAUUUUUAUGCGUUUUUGUUUGCAAGGUGGAAAUACUUCCAAAAAUUUAUAGGAAAGUUUAUAAGUAAAUUGUCUCAGGCUUGUGUGUGAAAUACAGCACUGUGUAUAUUUUCAGGAAUGUUGCUUUGUUUUUUAUCUUACCCUUUUUUUGUGAUAGGUAGAAAAGACCUGACAUUCCGUAAUCAACAACUAUGUAAUGCUCAGCUAGAUUUUAAGAAUAUUUAAUUAUAAUUUACAUUUUGUUUAUGCUGGUGUUUUAUACAAUACUUUGUUCAUGUUCGUCAAAAUGCAGCCACUAUAACUUAAUAAGUCAUUGCACUACUAAAGCUAUUUAAAAUUCGA